AUGUCACAUACUCACAUACUGGAGAAUUACGGUGAGGAAAUACUGUAUGCAAAAGACACAAGCGGCAAAGAACGGUCGAUAGGAAGCACAACAUACAAUUCAUCCCCUGACGACCUUUACCUCGACGACCAGGACGCCUUGGAAGGAUCUGGUCGCGGUGAAGUAAGAGACGAUUUAGAAGCCUCAGGAAGUGGAUAUGGUCCUGACGACGAGGACGGAGAUGGUUCAUCACAUAAUCCGUUCCGAGAACAUGACACUAAUAAACUAGACACCCCGCCAAAACCAGAUAAAUCGGACCGUCCAGUUUACGUUGAAGACGUGCAGAGUCCAGGAAAAGAUUCUGAGGACCUUGCACCACCGAAGAUUAACAAAGAAAAUAACAAUAACGACGUAAACGUCAACGACAAAGUCGACCGUGAAGAAGAUUCAGAUCAAGACGAAGACACUGAAGACACUCACGAAGUGUUAAUAAUGAAUCCCAAACACGAAGAUCGUACUAGUUCAUUCUUUGCGCAGCCAGGUGUACUUGCUGCCGUAAUUGGUGGAGCAGUAGUCGGAUUAUUAUGCGCAAUAUUAGUUGUUAUGUUUAUCGUAUACAGAAUGCGCAAAAAAGACGAAGGUUCAUAUGCCUUAGACGAACCAAGAAGAUCACCAGCAGCUGCGGCGUAUCCGAAGGCCGGAGCGCCACAUCACAAUCGUGAAUUUUACGCUUGA